AUGUCUCAACAACCAAGGCCCCUAGGGCAUGGUGCAUCAUCGCCCACGGCCCUGCCUUCUGGACCACCAUACCCCCCUGCCGCUGCUGCUAUUGGAGGUCGUCCCUCUAUCUCGGUAGACGUCCCCAUAACUUCAAUAUUCUUAGUGAUAUUUAUGGCGGGUGCAGUCUCCCACAUGAUGCUAUUCAAACGAAACACGGCACGAGGUCAUAAAUUCAUACCUUCGGCGGUAACUUUCGGCUUCUGCAUGGCUCGAAUUGCAGCGUGUGUUCUCCGAAUCGUAUGGGCGAACCGCCUCUCCAAUGCCCGAAUUGCAAUUGCAGCCCAGGUCUUCGUUGCCGCUGGCGUUCUACUUCUGUUUAUCCUCAACACCCUGUAUGCGCAGCGCAUACUGCGAUCCACGCAUCCACGUAUAGGAUGGUCACGGCCAUUGUCCUACUUUUUCAAGGCGCUUUAUAUCAUCGUCAUCUUAACCAUCGCCAUGGUCAUCACUGCUACAGUCCAAAGUUUCUAUACCCUGGAUCCGGACAUUCGGUUAAUCGACCGCAAUCUCCAAUGGUAUGGUUUAUCGUAUUUUACAGCAUUCUCCUUCCUCCCAAUUCCCAUGCUGGUGUUCGUCUUGCUUUUCCGCCGCCUCCAGCUUGCUCAGAACUUCGGCCAUGGAAGCCUCAGGGCAAAAUUUCUCAUCGUUGGCACCGCGUCAGUGCUGCUUUGUCUGGGAGCGUCCUUCCGUGCAGGAGUCGCGUUCAUGCCUCCGCGUCCGGCCAACGAUCCAGCGUGGUAUCACCAUAAAGCAUGCUUUUACAUAUUUAAUUUUGGCCUUGAGGUCAUCGUGGUGUUUCUCUAUCUAUUUGGACGAGUGGAUUUGAGAUUACAUGUACCAAAUGGCAGCUCCAAGGUGAGAAGCUACCUGGAUAGUGACCCGAAGGAUGAAGGUUUCGUUACAAAGGAAACCAAUGCUGGAGCGGCGGCAGCCGUGACCUCGUUCUGA